GUCGACCAACUUUAAGCCCCGCCCACCCGGAAGUACGCAUACAAACUCAGCAACGCUUUCGAUUUUGCAAUGUGUGCACGAGUGACAGCAGUUUAGUUACUUGGAGGUCGUUAACUGUCCCCCAGCAUUCACUUUGAAACGGAUUCCCUCCCGUUAUCUCGUGACGAGUGUCGUGAGUUAUGCAGAACAAACGAGACAGAAGUGUUGACGCCAUCAGGUGAGCGCUGGACAAGCUCUGCGAUUGACUCCGUCCCGACUGUUCCUUUGCUGCUCAGUGGCACUAAAAAAAGGAGAAGAGGGAUUAAGAAUGGAGGAUAUGGAGGAUGCGGAGAAAACAAAGCUGGAGGAGCUGCUCAUGUGCCCGGUGUGCCAGGACGUCUUUAAGGAUCCCCGGCAGCUGCCCUGUGGACACAGCAUGUGUUUGGCCUGUCUGCAGACCCUCAUGGAUCACUCUUCAGAUGUUCCCUUCCGCUGUCCAGACUGCAGGACUCAUUUUGGACCGAUCGUUGGGGUGCAUAGGAGCUUCGCACUGGCCAACAUCGUGGAGGACUUCAGGAUGAACAUGAGGAGGAGGGAAGAGCAGACAAAACGUGUGUACUGUGACUGCUGCCCGGAGAAGAAAAUUCUGGCCAUCAAAACGUGUCUGAAGUGUGAGGUGUCGCUGUGUAAAGAGCACGUCAAGGACCACCAGGAGCUGCCCGUGUACACGGGGCACCCCUUGGUGAGCCCUCUAGGUGACCUCCUGGAGAGGAAAUGCCCAGAGCAUGAGGACCAGGUGCUAAGGUACUUCUGCAACAGCUCGAGGCGCUACCUCUGCAACAUUUGCUCCCUGGAGAGCAAGCAGCACAACCUGGCCACUGAGGCCUCUUUUGUCCUGCGGAGACAGCUGACUGAGUACAUGGACCAACGCUUUGACGCGCUUAAGGAGCAAAUCGGAGAAUCCUUUGAGUCUGUAAAAAAACUGCAGGAAGACCUCAAACAUGAAAAACAGACAGUGAAACCGGUCGCGUCGUCCCUCAACAACGUCACAGUGAUUCUUCUCGGCCUGUGGGUCAUUGUGUUGUUUUAUGCUUACCACUACUCUGUGGAAGUCCAGACGCUCACCGAAAUGCUCGAUGCCCAGACGAACCGCGUGCAUCACAUUCACUCCGCCAUCGUGGAACUCUUGAUGAAUCAUCCAGUAAUGAGCCACAGACCUGCAGGGACAGAAGAGCAAGCUACAAGAUAUGAUCUUGUGAAACUUUGGAAUGAAAACCUUAGUUAAGGGCAUUCCACAGGGAACUACGCUUUGUGUUUGAGUAAACUGACGAGUCUGAUUGGGAGGCUGUCAGAACAUGGGCUUGUUGUGACUGUGGGAUGCUGGCGAGGGAGAAAGUCAGACCAUGCGGGUUUUUACAGCCACAAUCAUGUCCUAAUUAGCAUAUUACCUGUUAUCAUUGUUCUACUGUCCUGGUUUCAGAUCGUCGUUCCCUCAAUAGUUAAGGCUAAAGUCUGUUUGGUUUCUUGCAGAGCAAGAAGCCUGCAUAACAAAAAUACAAUUAUUAUUUUCCAUCACUAUUCAAGUUUCACGUUCCUUUUCUUCACAAAAGGAAACAUGAACAUGUUUCCUUUUCAUAACUUGAUUUGAGGAAACACGUGAGAGAAUUCCAAAGAAUGAUCAAACUCCUGGAGGUGCUAACAUUGUCAAAGUAUCUCUAAAAUCUGUCAUAUAUCUAUCAUCGGAUAAAAACAAUGAUUCUGUGCAUAGGGUGAUUGUUAUGCUGCCCACAGGCUGAAAUUUGAGGGCUAUGUAGCUUUUGCAGAACAAGUGACAAUUACAGAAUGUGUCAAAAGUAAAAUACAUGUGGUGGGAAAAAAAUGUAAUUGUAGCUGCUGUUGAGCCUUUGUGAACUGAAAUAAAGAAUACCAAUUACUCCACA